AUGGCUGUUUUCGUAAGGGUUAGUGCGUUGAUUUUCCUCUUAGAAAUAUUUGAACCAGGCGAAUGCAUAGCUGAGAAACGAGCUUUUUUUCGCAUUGUAAAUGGAAGAUAUUUGGCAAACAAUGUCAUCGCAAUAAACACAAAUGUUACAACCGAGUUCCAAUGCAUUGUGAAUUGCGUCGCGCAUGGAUCAUGUGUGUCGGUUAAUUACAAAACCUCUGGAAUCGGUAAAGGUCGAUGUGAGCUCAACAACAAGACCCUUAACGCAUCCGACGAUGAUGAAAGUACGAGAAAUCCUGAGUUCAAACACAUUUUUACGCCUCAAGAGAUGCAUCCAAGCAAUCCACAGAUAUCACAAAAUCUAUCCACAAGUAUUUUGACCUCGAAGAAUGGUGUUGGUGUGACAGAAAUUGGACAUAACAGUGAAUUAAGAACAUUUGUGAGUGGAUGUAAUCCUCCAGGUUGUUACAAGAGAAAGAUUGAAUAUGACAUUUCCAUGGAGCAGAUUGUUGCCAUUAUGAACCAGUCCAAAAAUUGCGAGCAGUUUAUAAAGUAUGAAUGUUACAGUAGCUUUUUCCACAAUGAUUAUGGUAAAAAAUUUGCUUGGUGGGUAUCACGUCAAGGUUCAAAGAUGAAUUACUGGGGUGGUGCGGCAGUCGACAGUGGAAAAUGUGCCUGUGGAAUGACCAACAGCUGUGUAGGAGGAGGAGGUGGAAGAAAAUGUAAUUGUGACAAGAAAUUCAAGGCAUGGCGUGAAGACAGUGGAUACCUGACAGACAAGAAUACGCUGCCCGUGGCUGAACUGAGAUUUGGUGAUACUGGUGAUAGAAGGGAGUAUGGCUAUUAUACACUCGGAAAAUUACGAUGCUGGGGUUAAAGAUUGAUACAAAACGCCUGAUGUAAUCUAUGUGAUUUUUGCUAUAGCCUAAAUAGUCAAAUGAAUUUUCUUUUUGCACUAACUUUAUCUGCAAAUUUUCACCGCACGGAACGAAGCACUAGACAGAUUUUGAACACUCUUGCAUCGUAAUAAAUAGUUAGUUGUAAAUAAUGUACAUCUUCAAACUACUUAUAUCUUGACAGUUAUGAUCUUUUAUCAGACAUACAGUCAGGAUUUAGACCUCUUCACUCAACGUUAAUAGCUAUGCUUGCUUGAUGACACUGAUAAAUAGUGCAAAAAUAUGGACAGUGGGUUGA